AUGUCCGGCUGCUGCGGAGGAGGAGGAAGCUACUCCGUGACCUGCUAUAGCAGCUCCAAGGGCUGCAAGAGGCCCGUGUGCUGCUCCCCCAUGCAGUGCUGCAGCCCCUGCUGCAUGCCCGUGCAGUCCUGCUGCAUGCCCGUGCAGUCCUGCUGCAUGCCCAUGUCCAUGCCCUGCUGCUACACCAUCACCAGCAACAACAACGGCGGCUGCUGCGGCGGCAACAACGGCGGCGGCUGCUGCGGCGACUGGAUUUGCAAAAGUUUGGACAAACCAAAAAUCAAAGAUAGUUUUGGCACCCCAAAGAUGCUCUCGGGGUGCAUGAGGAAAGGCUGCAGAGUUGGGAUUGUUCAGCCUGGAGAAGAGAAGCUUUGGGGUGACCUGAUUGUGGCCUUUCAGGGCCUGAAGGGAUCCUGCAAGAAACAUGAGGAGAAACUAUUUAGAAGGGCCUGGAGUGACAGGAUGAGUGGGAAUGGGUUCAGACUGACAGAGAGGAGGGAGGAAGGUGUUGAGGACUAUAAAAGGUCUCCUGGCCCAGCUCGCUUCAUUCGCUCGUCUUCUCCUCCCUUCACCUCUCCUCACUCUUCAACAGGCUUUGCCAACUCUCCAACCAACAAGAUGCCCAACGGAGGCUGCGGCUGCUGCGGAGGAGGAAGCUACUCCAUGACCUGCUACAGCACCCCCUCGUGCUGCAAGACCCCGAUGUGCUGCUCCCCCAUGCAGUGCUGCAGCCCCUGCUGCAUGCCCGUGCAGUCCUGCUGCAUGCCCAUGUCCUGCUGCUACACCAUCAGCAACAACAACAGGGGCUGCUGCGGCGGCUGCUGCGGCGGCAACUGAGCCCCCGGCCCUGCCCGCUGCCCUCCCGGCUCACCUGUGAUUCCAAACGUGGAUAUGGACCUGGACACCACCCCUGCUUUGCUUAGAGACUUUAGAUCUCCUGUCCUUAGCCUGCCUUUGGUCACCCAGUGCUCGUGCAGUCGCCGCCCAGCGCUGGGUGGGAUUUCCCUCCGUGAGCCCUGGGCCCGCUGCUCCUCUUCCCUGGGUGUGUGGGAUGUUGGAUGCUGUCAGUUCUCCCUUUCCUCCCUUUAACCUCUAAUUAGUCGUGAAUCAUAAUAAAAUGUGUCAGUUAUGA